CGGAGGUCAGAGGUCAGCAGGAAGUCGAUACGUGGCCGCCGUCUGUCCCCGCUGAGGAGGUGCAGCAGCCGGAGAUGGCGGCGGUGCUGAACGCAGAGCGACUGGAGGUGUCCGUCGACGGCCUCACGCUCAGCCCGGACCCGGAGGAGCGGCCUGGGGCGGAGGGCGCCCCGCUGCUGCCGCCACCGCUGCCACCGCCCUCGCUACCCGGAUCUGGUCGCGGCCCGGGCGCCUCAGGGGAGCAGCCCGAGCCCGGGGAGGCGGCGGCUGGGGGCGCGGCGGAGGAGGCGCGGCGGCUGGAGCAGCGCUGGGGUUUCGGCCUGGAGGAGUUGUACGGCCUGGCACUGCGCUUCUUCAAAGAAAAAGAUGGCAAAGCAUUUCAUCCAACUUAUGAAGAAAAAUUGAAGCUUGUGGCACUGCAUAAGCAAGUUCUUAUGGGCCCAUAUAAUCCAGACACUUGUCCUGAGGUUGGAUUCUUUGAUGUGUUGGGGAAUGACAGGAGGAGAGAAUGGGCAGCCCUGGGAAACAUGUCUAAAGAGGAUGCCAUGGUGGAGUUUGUCAAGCUCUUAAAUAGGUGUUGCCAUCUCUUUUCAACAUAUGUUGUGUCCCACAAAAUAGAGAAGGAAGAGCAAGAAAAAAAAAGGAAGGAGGAAGAGGAGCGAAGGCGGCGUGAAGAGGAAGAAAGAGAACGUCUGCAAAAGGAGGAAGAGAAACGUAGGAGAGAAGAAGAGGAAAGGCUUCGACGGGAGGAAGAGGAAAGGAGACGGAUAGAAGAAGAAAGGCUUCGGUUGGAGCAGCAAAAGCAGCAGAUAAUGGCAGCUUUAAACUCCCAGACUGCCGUGCAGUUCCAGCAGUAUGCAGCCCAACAGUAUCCAGGGAACUACGAACAGCAGCAAAUUCUCAUCCGCCAGUUGCAGGAGCAACACUAUCAGCAGUAUAUGCAGCAGUUGUAUCAAGUCCAGCUUGCACAGCAACAGGCAGCAUUACAGAAACAACAGGAAGUAGUAGUGGCUGGGUCUCCCUUGCCUACAUCAUCAAAAGUGAAUGCAACUGUACCAAGUAAUAUGAUGUCAGUUAAUGGACAGGCCAAAACACACACUGACAGCUCCGAAAAAGAACUGGAACCAGAAGCUGCAGAAGAAGCCCUGGAGAAUGGACCAAAAGAAUCUCUUCCAGUAAUAGCAGCUCCAUCCAUGUGGACACGACCUCAGAUCAAAGACUUCAAAGAGAAGAUUCAGCAGGAUGCAGAUUCCGUGAUUACAGUGGGCCGAGGAGAAGUGGUCACUGUUCGAGUACCCACCCAUGAAGAAGGAUCAUAUCUCUUUUGGGAAUUUGCCACAGACAAUUAUGACAUUGGGUUUGGGGUGUAUUUUGAAUGGACAGACUCUCCAAACACUGCUGUCAGCGUGCAUGUCAGUGAGUCCAGCGAUGACGACGAGGAGGAAGAAGAAAACAUCAGUUGUGAAGAGAAAGCCAAAAAGAAUGCCAACAAGCCUUUGCUGGAUGAGAUUGUGCCUGUGUACCGACGGGACUGUCAUGAGGAGGUGUAUGCUGGCAGCCACCAAUAUCCAGGGAGAGGAGUCUAUCUCCUCAAGUUUGACAACUCCUACUCUUUGUGGAGGUCAAAAUCAGUCUACUACAGAGUCUAUUAUACUAGAUAAAAAUGUUGUUACAAAGUCUGGAGUCUAGGGUUGGGCAGAAGAUGACAUUUAAUUUGGAAAUUUCUUUUUACUUUUGUGGAGCAUUAGAGUCACAGUUUACCUUAUUGAUAUUGGUCUGAUGGUUUGUGAACUCUUGCUGGGAAUCAAAAUUUCCUUGAGACUCUUUAGCAUUCAUACUUUGGGGUUAAAGGAGAUUCCUCAGACUCAUCCAGUCCUUGGGUGCUGACCAGCAGAGUCACUAGUGGAUGCUGAAGUUACAUGAGCUACAUGUUAAAUAUUUAAGGUCUCCAAAAUAAAACACCCCAACGUUGACCUUACCCGGCUGAUGGUUAGCCCCUUGCUGCCUGCUCCAUGUGUCUUAUGAGAGCCCGUAGUUACAGUGUCUUCUAAUUUGAAAUCCAUAAGUUAACAAGUCUAUAUCAGGUGCAGCUGGCUUUGAUUAAAGGUCAUUUUUAAAACUUAAAAACUCAAGACCUCACAGAUUAUAAUAGAAAAAGAAAUGGCCUCAGUUUGAUCUUGUUCGGAAUGACCCAGAUUGUUUCUGCUUUGGGUGCAGCUGUUUAGUUCAGAGUUAUAUUACAGAGAAUUAUUUUCUGAGAUAAUCUUAAACUAGAAUGUUCAAAACUAAUUGAUAAUUGAAGUAUCAAGAUACAUAGAACACCUCAGAGAUUUUUCUUCAGGAACUUCCACAAACUUUGAAUCCUUGUAUCUUUAUUUGGUAUUCAUACUACUAGUAGCAAAAUACAGGUUUUUUGUUUUGUUUUGUUUUGUUUUGGCUUCAUAGAGUAUCUCAAAUUGAAACUUUCCUGCACAAAGAAUAAAAUUAAGGAUUUUAUAAACUCAAAUUGGCACCUACUGAAUUAAAAUACAUAAAAUCAUUUAAAUAUAAUUCAGCAUAUGGGAAAUAACAUUGCACUAAUAUGGAAAUCACUGCCAGAGACAGUCUAUUUUCUUUUAAUUUGUUACUACUUAGUCACAAACCCCACAUUAUUCCAGUUUGGAAUUACUUAUUAAGGAGAAUUGGAAAUACAUAUGCCCAUGCUUAAAUUUUAUAGCUUUAAUUUGUGUUAUUUCUUUAUUGACGGGAAGAGGUACAUCUUUUUUUCCUUACUGAAAACAAAUAUGGAUUAAUUGCCUCAAAUUUGUAUAAGUGAUUGGCUAGUGAUUCUUGUUUUCAGAAGGGAGAGUGGUAUAGAUAGAAAAUGACAAAGAUGGCAAUAUAUACUUAAUGUUGUUAUAUGUUGUUACUGAAGUACUUAGAUUUUUAAAAUUUCAAAUCCUAAAUCACUUCUUGUAGGAGGGUUUUCAUUAACUGCAGUAUAUACAGUUCACUACAUAUGGGUUGUUUGAGUUUUUUGUGUGCUGUAUUUCUUUCUGUUUUUUAAUACCUGGUUUUGUACAUAUCUAACUCUGUUCUCUUUUGGUUGUUCAGAAACUGGAUUUUUUUUUUCUUAAGCAGUGCUUAAUUUGUGUUUUUUAAUUUUGAUUCAGAAGUAGUCCCAGCUCAUAGGUGUUCAUACUGUUACAUCCAGAACAUUUGUCAGGCUCUCUGUCAGCUUUCAUGUACAUAUGGUAUAGAAACCAUGGAGUUAGGCACUUCCUGGAUUUUUUUUUAUGAGAAAAAUACUGUAUUUAAAAUGUAAAAUAAACUUUUAAAAAGCAGGCACUAAUAUAUAUUUCUUCCAGCCUUUGAUUACAAAUUUGUCCUUGCACAUGUUAAGAUGAAUUAUCUCCUAAAAAUAUCAUUGUUCUUGGGAGCAGUGUAUGUUACUUUACAUAGCAGCGGUUCCUGUCAUGUGUUCAUGUCAGAAUAUUUUUGGUUUUAAACUUUUUUAUUGCCUUUGGCUGUUGAUUAGUACAGUACAAGUGCGAUUUCAAAAAGAUCUUGAAAGUAAUAUAUUUAAUCAAUUAAAAUGUUUAUCUGUAA